UGUUGAUAGCAACAAUGGCGCUGGUUAGCUCCAGUUCGCAGUUUGAUCGCUUUUCUGUAGCAGCAAACGAGCUGCAAGAUCAUAUAGUUGAUAUUUAUGGCAAUAAGGAAAAUGAAUUGGAAUUAUUUCGGCCAUCAUUGGCAGACCAUCACAAGGUUGGUUUCUUUACACUGGACAGAUGUUCUCAGACGGAUGUCACAGAAGUCGUAGAACUAAAGGAUAUGACAGAAGUUUUACAACUUCUACUAAAGGACGUACAUAAAAUGAAACGGGACAUUAAUUUAACAAAAAGUGUGAUGCAGGCUGAUUAUGAAGCUAAAGUUCAGGAAAAGGCUACAGAACUAUAUUGUAGAAUUAAUGAGAAAGUAGCUGAAUUAGAAAGAAUUCAUGAAGAUAGAGUAUCGACCGUGAGAAAAGCAUUUAGACAACAGUUAGCUGAUGCAGUAGCCAGACUGGCAGUAUUGUAUAAUAAAAAUUUAGAAAACAAAAUGCAGAAAGAGAAGCAAAAGCAGGCAGGGGACCAGUAUCUACUGGAUGAGAAAUAUAGAGAAUUACAACAGACAAUUCAACAGAACCAGAAUGUUAUACAAAUGUUAAAGUUGCAACUUGCUCAAUAUCAACAGAGUAAAGUGGACCUGGAAAGUACUGUAGAGGCAGACCCUAAGGUGAUAGAGUCUCCAUCACCGUCAGAAAGGCCAUCAAACAAUACACCAGCUUCAAUUCAGUCUCCGAUUUCACAAAAAUCUAAAUCACCACUGGCACCACCGCCUAACCUCCCACCACCUCCUCCUCCAAUGGAGACAAAGAAACCUAAAAAAUCCAAGCCCCAACCACCCCCGGAACCAGCGAGAGAAAAAUCUUUCCCUAAAGCUGUAACUCCAGAAACUAAGAUUGAGUCUGUGUCUAUGAGAACCCCAUCGCCACAAUUCAAUCAAGAGUUAGAGGACUUGAGGGUAGAGGUCGAAGAUCUAAAUGUCAAGGUCAAUAAUCUACAGGACCAAGUAGAUUCCAAAGAUGAUGAAAAUAAGAAGUUAGAUCAACAAAUAGAAACACUGAAUCAGGAGCUUGACCAAGAAAAGAUAAAGUCUGAUAAGAUUAACAAAGACCUUGAGAAUACCAAGAAGGCAGCAGAAAAUGAAAAAGCAUCUUCAGAGAAACUAACAUUUAAAGACAUUCGACAGUUCACAAAAAUGGAUAAACAGAGAGCUGAGAUGGAAAGAAUGUUCCAACAGAAAUUACAGAAAGCUCAGGAAGAGGCAGAAGCUAAUGCACAGAGAGAGUCUAUAGCUCAACAGUCAGCAGAGAAAGACAAAGUCAAGUUACUUCAGGAUCAAAAAAAAUUGUUGGAGGAACAGCUUGCUAAGGAGCGAAAGAAGAACCAAGAAAAGGCUGAAAUGGACACAGAUAUUGAUAAGUAUAUAAAGAAUGAGAAAAGAUUGAAAGAAGAAAUAGAGAGAUUAAAGAGAGAAAUAGAAAGAGUACAUAGGACUUGGGAAAAGAAAUUUGCCAUAUUACAACAGAGUUUACAUGCCUUGAAGGAUGAGAGCUACAUCAGACAAACAUUACAGAGACAAGCUGCAGCCUUACAUCAUGCGGCUGUUAGUUAUGCAGUGGAUACACCCAUGGGUAUAUUACCCACCAAUAAAAUAAAUAGUCCUAUCAAGAAACCUGUAAUACCAGACAUUGGUAGAGGAAGGCAACAGCCACAGCCUCAACCUGCCCAAGGACAGCCACUCAAUGUCGGGGGAGUUUUAGGAGAGAAAGAUUAUAUUUCAUACACUGUAUCAGCUCCCAGUGGGCGUGGCACUGCCAUGUUUUCAGUUGAUGAAAACCAAGUAAUGUCUGAAGGAGAAGAUGACUUACCUGUAGAUGUACAACCAUUACCUGACCCACCGUCUAGGCCUUCUCAAGAAUUUGUCACAGAUGGUACUCCAUCAGAGAAAGAAAAGGCCAGAUUAUACCAUGAAGGACAAAAGACAUAGUUAUACAGUGUUAACAUUGGAAGUUUUAUAUUUUGUACUUGUAUGACAACUGUUUACUGGCAUAUUCUGAGGUUGAGUCUGAAUUGUUCAAGUACUGAUAUUACAAGGUUGAGAUGAUGUUCAGUGGUGUUCUCAUUUAUUCAUUACAACACCUCAGAUAAGAUUUAAAUAUAUUGAUGAACAUAAAAUAGAGGUUUGUUCAUUAAACAACAGCAUUUCUAAGGCAUAUUAUGCUUGAGUCAGCCAAAAAUUACUUUUGCUAUGACUGCUGCAUGUUCUUAAUAAAUGCUUUUAAUUUAUUUUGAUGUAGACUUUUGUCAUGAGUGUGAGUGGUCCUAACUAAUGAAUAGUGGAUUGAGAGGGUUUUAUAGUGGUCAACUGUUUAUGGAAACAAUGGCAGGAGUAUGUGAAGAGUAUAAAAAAUGUCACGCUGCUUUUUACCUUACUGCUGAUUUUAUGCCGAAGGUCUUAUUUUUUAUAAAAACAAAUCUAAUGAAAUGAAUAUUUUGACUCCUUGAAAUGUAUUAUUUUAUUAAAGGAUUGUAUUUUUAACUUCUUGUGAUGGAUAAGUGUCUUAUUUCUAAGAAAAAGGUAACAUAUAUUUUUUUAUUCUUCCAUUGUGUUGUAUCAUAUACUGCUGUUCCUGACUGUGAUAUUUAAUAUUUAUGUAGACAUAUUUUUAUUUUUUAUAUUUUUAAAAAAGUAUUUGUGAAACUUGGUUUGAACAUAGAUUACUGUUCACUCAAAACCAAUGUAUAACAUAAGCAUGGUUGGUUUGGUUUAGUUAAACAAUAUUUAAACUCUGGAUAUAUUUUCACCAUUUGUUAAAAGUUUAGAGAUUAUUUAUUCCGUCCAAGAAAAUUGAUUUAUAAAAUUAUACAGUUUUUGUUUAUAGUGAAAUGAUUUUUUUGUUAUCGAUAAAUGUUACUUCUUGAGACUGUAAGCAAUAAAAGAUAUAAAAAUCUU